AUGAGAAUUAAUCAAAUUUAUAAUUAAAAUGGAGAGAUAUAUAAAAUAUAGCCUAAAAACUUUGGAAAUAUAUUGAUAACAACGGAUAAAUUUACUUAUUUCGCAGGUGAAAUUAUAUCAGGUAUUAGCUAAAAAUAUGUUUGUAGGAAAUAUCUGUUUGAAUGUUAUUGGGGGGGAAUUUCUAGGAUGUAUACUUUAUUUGGGUUUCACAGGCAAAGAGAAAUGUCAAUGGGAAGAAACAGAUACUGAAAUAGAAACAAAUCCAAAGAGAGUAUGUACAGGAAAGUCUUAUAUACUUUAAGAUAAAGUGGAAUUACACACUUUUGAAAGUCCUCUAUAACCUUAUUGUUAGUAUGUUUUCCCAUUUUAAUUUUAUCUUACAUCUCACCUUCCUAGUUCAUACUAUGAAAAAGAUAAAGCAUAAAUAUCCUACAAGGUUAAAGCUUUUGUUCAAUCUAAAAAAUUUCCCCUACCUUUUCUCAAGCACAGUCAACAGCUUAUGAUUAGGGAACAAUUAUAAAACUAUAAUUAUUCUUUGAUUAAAUAGGUAACUUCUUCGUUUUGUUGUUUCCAAAGAAAAGGAGUACUGAAAAACUUUUAUAUUUAGGCUUGUUAUUUCUCAUGUACUAUAGAUAAAAGUUACUAUUUACCAGGGGAAGAAGUAAAUUUAACUAUUGAUAUCGAUAACUCUGACUUAAAUUAACCUCUUAAUUAUUUAGAAAUAUAUUUAAAUCAUCAAUUAACAUUAAUUGAUAAUUAAUAAAAUUAUCAUUUUGAAAUUGAAAAUAAACCAGAAUAACGAAUCGCAGGAGUUGAAGCAAGAGGAAAGAAAAAGUUAAAAAUACAGUAUUGUUUGAGAAAUAAUGAUCCUCUGAUUAAGUUAUAACCAUCAACAAAAGGGAAAUUAAUUUAGUCAGAAUACUAAUUAGUGAUUUAACCUCAUAUAUAAUGUAUUCUUAAAGUUUAUUUUAGCUUAUUCUUGCACCAAAGAAUGGUGGGAGUUAAAGGCAAUGUAGAUAAUGUCUUUCAAAAUUGAGAUUCUUUAAUCGGUCUUUGAAAACAAUCUUCAAUUAUUAAAAGAACCUUUUAAUGAGAAUUCUUAAGUUUUUUAGAUCUAAAAAGUAUGCCUAACAGAUAGAAAUAAAUAAGAAAAAUAAUAAAUGAUGGUAAAAUAUAUUAAAUAAAAGAUUCCACUUCGAAGUUAGAUUUAAUUAAUGUAAUAAACUAUGAAGGAAUGA